AUAGGAAAGCAAGGAAACUGUGUUUCGCUCUCUACCACUGCUACUCUGUUCUCAAGUGCUCACUUUCUCCAUGAACGAACUUCACCACUCGCUUUCUAGUCUCUAAAAACUUGUUCUUGAUACCACCCUUUUUUGCUAUCUUUUGUUUCUUUGUUCAUCUCCAAAUCAGCGAAGGAAACUUUUUUUUUUUUAAUAAAGGGAAAACUCGACCAGUAAUGGAGAAAAAGCAAGGUUUCUUCUCAGCUCUCAAAGAAGAAGUAGUUCGUGGGCUUUCACCUUCCCGCUCGAGGCCAAACAGCCCUGCAAGAGCCCGUUCACCCAUGGCCAGUCUGUUACGGAGAAAGAAAAACCACCACAACAACUAUGGAGGCGCUUACUUGGCGCAACCGGAGCCCUUGAUCGCGAGAUCCGGGAGUAUAAGGCCAGUCGGGGAAGCGUUAGCGCCGCUCAUGGAAGGUCCUGAACCCGACGGAGGGGAAGUCGGGGAUUCGAAACGGCUUGGGUUGGGGCUAGGACAAUGGGUUAAAGGUCAGUUAUCGAGGACUCCAUCGGUUGCAUCAAUGAGUUACAAAAGGUCUGAUCUAAGGCUGUUGCUUGGUGUUAUGGGUGCGCCUUUGGCUCCCGUUCGUGUUAGCUCCACUGAUCCUUUGCCUCAUUUGAGCAUCAAAGACACUCCCAUUGAAACUUCCUCUGCUCAGUACAUAUUGCAGCAGUAUACAGCUGCUUCUGGUGGGCAGAAGCUGCAAAACUCCAUUCGGAAUGCUUAUGCAAUGGGAAAGCUCAAAAUGGUGGCUUGUGAAUAUGAAACUGCCACGAGGACUGUUAAGAAUCGUAAUGGCUCUAGAGGUGCAGAGUCUGGUGGGUUUGUCCUAUGGCAAAUGAAUCCGGACAUGUGGUAUGUUGAACUUGCGGUUGGGGGCAGCAAGGUUCAUGCUGGCUGUAAUGGAAAGCUUGUGUGGAGGCACACACCUUGGCUUGGCGCCCACAUGGCAAAGGGGCCUGUUAGACCUUUGCGUCGUGCACUUCAGGGUCUUGAUCCUAGAACUACAGCUAGUAUGUUUGCUAAUGCAAGGUGCAUAGGAGAGAAAAACAUUAAUGGUGAGGAUUGCUUCAUCCUCAAGCUCUGUACUGAUCCUCAGACACUGAAGGCAAGAAGUGAAGGCCCUGCAGAGAUCAUUAGGCAUGUUUUAUUUGGGUACUUUAGUCAGAAGACUGGACUUCUUGUUCACAUGGAAGAUUCACAUUUGACUCGCAUCCAAUCUAAUGGUGGUGAUGCUGUUUAUUGGGAAACGACAAUCAAUUCAUUUCUUGCAGAUUACCGGCCUGUUGAUGGUAUCAUGAUAGCGCAUUCUGGUCAUUCUGUUGUUACACUUUUCAGGUUUGGAGAAGCUGCAAUGAGCCAUUCUAAAACAAAGAUGGAAGAAGCAUGGACAAUUGAGGAGGUUGCCUUUAACAUACCAGGCCUUUCUGUUGACUGUUUUAUCCCUCCAGGUGAUUUGAGAUCUGGAACCAUGAGUGAAACCUGUGAACUCCCUCAGGAUGAAAGAGGAAAAAGUGCAAUUGCAUUAGCAGCACAUCGUGCCAAGGUUGCUGCCCUAGAAAAAGCACAGGAUGGCGGUGCUGACAGCAUGAUUUGGAGGAUGGAUGUCUGAUGAAGUGUAGACCCACAUCUUGGCAAUUGUUCAUAUUGGUCGCCAAUGCAGUUGACUAACCCAUUAGAUGUUACAAGGUAGAAGUCAGUUUUUGGACUUUGGUUUAUACCUCUAUUAAUCUGUAAAUAGAGCAUAAUCAUUCGCAGGUUCCAACUGACCUGUAUGAAUCUUUAUACUCUCAAAGCAGAAUCCGACUAUGGAGUUGGAGCUCAGUUUUCCAGAUAGGGAUAGAGCUAAUGGAGGUUGAUUUUUAGGCUACCUGUCCCAUUAACCUUUUUAUAGUUUCACUAACUUUAAUGAUUAAUGAAUAUAAUGUGGCAGUAUAAAGGAUACCGCCGCUGAUCAGCAUGACUUUGACAGUAAGCCUAGUUUUUAAUGUUACUGUUUCUGGAUUUGUGAUUCCUGGUGUGAUUGUUUGACUUAAAAGCUGAUUUUGGGUUUGGGAGGAAAAAAAGAGAUUUUGCUGGAUACGGUGAUAAAAUCCUGGUAAAUAAGAUGGAAUUAACCAUUUUCUUACCUGCUGUAACAAAAUGUGUUAAUGACCUGAGUUCUGGUUAGAUGUAUGGUUGCAUUUAUCCGGUGCUGCUGAAAGCAAAAUGUAAAGAAAAAAUAUUAUGUUCAUCGGUUGUUUAAUGCUCAUGAUGAAUAUAGAGAGAUCCGUCUAUUC